AUGGGUAUCGAAGAGACUGCUACUCAAGUUAUUUUAACACAUCCUGAAAACAGCUCAUCAAGUGUUUCAAUUUUGAAAUAUGGUGCAACUAUAUUCUCAUGGAAAUCUAAUGGUGAAGAACAAUUAUGGUUAUCUACAGCUGCUAAACUGGAUGGUUCAAAGCCAGUUAGAGGUGGUAUUCCGUUAGUUUUCCCAGUUUUUGGUAAAAAUGAAGACGAUGAAUUGUUAAAGCAAUUGCCUCAACAUGGUUUGGCAAGAAAUUCUACUUGGGAAUUUUUAGGUCAAGUCAAGAGUAAUCCACCAACUGUUCAAUUUGGUUUAAGCGAAGAAAUUGCCAAUCCUGAAUUGACAAAGUUAUGGCCAAAAAGUUUUUCCUUAAUAUUAACUGUUGAAUUAGGUAAAGAUCAUUUAUUUACUGAUAUCGAAAUUAAAAAUCCAUCUCAAACAGAAUCUUUUAAAUUUAACUGGUUAUUCCACACUUAUUUGAGAGUUGAAGAUAUAGAAGACACAUUUGUCUCUAAUUUAGCUGGUAUGACCACUUAUGAUCAAUUAUUAGCUGAUUCUUAUGUUGAUAAGCAUCCUGUUGUAACUUUCCAUGAAGAAGUUGAUAAGAUUUAUAAAAACGUUGAUGCUGACCGUAUCAUCCAAGUUGUUAACAGAGGUGUUCCAAUCCACUCUGUCAAGAGAACCAACCUACCAGAUGCCGUAGUUUGGAAUCCAUGGACCAAGAAAUCUGGCGGUAUGGCUGAUUUCGAACCAAAGAAUGGUUACUUGAAUAUGGUUUGCGUUGAACCUGGUCAUGUUCAUGAUUUCGUUACUUUAGCACCAGGUGAAACUUGGAAAGCUUCUCAAAAGCUGUACAACGGUGAAUUGAAAUACCAAGCUAUAUAA